UAUUUCAUGUUGAUCUGAAAUAUAAUUGUUUAACAGUGUGGUAUUGCCCUUCGCUAAUGCGUGACGUCGCAAGUUUUAGAGCUAAAAAAUAAACUCCUUCAUUAUAUUGUAUAUGUGUAUAUUAACACAGGUUCAGGCUCGCGUCAGUGUCGUAGUGUUCGGUGGUUAUAGACGCUCACGAUUAAAUAUUGAUUGAUUAAUGAUUUCGAAACUAGUAAAAUUUUCUCAACCUAAUUACACGUAAAUUUAACGCAUGGUUAUUAAUACAAUAAGAUAAAAAAAAAAUUAUGCAUUAAACAUAAUACAUUUCUAAAUUAUAAUUAGCUAUAACGAUUUAUUUUAUCAAUAAGAAUAUUUAUCUCUGACUUGUAAAUAUAAUCAACAAGUAAAUGAAAUUAUUGGCAAUAGACUCUCUAUUUUCAUUUCAUAUACCUGUGUUGCGAAUACAUAGGUACAUUUAUAUAUAAUUGUGAGAAUGUGUUCGAAGUGCUUCUACUUUACAUGUUUCUAUUAUAAGUAUUCAUUAUACAUUGCUUCGUGUAAAUAAGGUACCAGGCUCGAUUGCCGAUAAAAUUUGCAGGUUUCCGCAAAGCCACAUCCAGAAAUGGUAAUAUCAAUACCUAAUAACGAUAUUAACGACAGUGCAGUAAAAAACAUGCAGCAAAAGCAUGCAGCUGCAACAUGUCAACUCCCCAACAACAACGGCAACAUCGUAAAGAUCUUGGAGCCAGUGAAGUGUGCGAGUAAACAAACGCUUAAUAAGGACAACCGUUACCCUAUAACAACCAAGGCGACCCUGAUAGUUUUAUUAUGGAAGCAAGGAAUUGUCCGAUUAUCCAGAUUUCUACAUACAGGAAUUGAAUGGAGUUCAACAACAUUGUUUUUUAUAAUAUUAUUCUUUCUGAAAAAUGAGUUGAUGCCUCCUACAUCAACGUACAUUGGUGAAUGUGAUAAUGUCAAAAGCACAGAAGAGAAAUUCAUGGAAGAGUAUAAAACACCGCGAUUCAUUCUCUACACACCACCCAAUAAUGUAACCAAUCAAUUGAUGGCUAUGACUGCAAAAAUAUUGCAACUAGAAAAUAACACAUACAAUCUAGAACAUAGUGUCAGAGGUUACUAUCCUGCCGUAAAUGACGCUUCAAUUAUGAACUACAUGAAAGGAAUGAAAGAUGAUGAAGCUAUUGUCAUAUUUCAGAACAACGGCAGUUUUCCCUGGAAAUUAAACUACACAAUAAGAAUGAAAACCCCAUUUCAAACAAAUAUAUACGAGUCAAUGGAUGGGAGCUUCGUCCCACACAUGCAGUUUGGUACUGUUUACGAGUCCUUCGCCAAGUUGCAAUGGGCAAUCGACAAGAGCUAUUUAGAAAUGCGUACUGGCGACACUGUCAAUCAGACUAUCACCAUGCAAGAGUUCCCGUUCGUGAGCGACGAAGGCAACGAGUACAUAGAGCUCAUAUGCACAAUACUGACCAUAACAUGUUUUGUGUCGCUGGUGCUCGUCUUUGUCUUCCUCAUCUCCAGGCUCGUCGAAGAAAGGAUAUCCGGCAUACAAGAAUUAAUGAAAAUGAUAGGCGUAUCGUCUUACCUCCUCGGGAUAUCUCACAUUAUCUUCACAUUGCCCGGGGGCCUGGCCUACUCCUUCAUCGGCACCAUAGUACUGACCACAACCCCCAACCCGUACGUGGCGCAUUCCACCUUCCUGCUCAUCUACCUCGCGUUACUACUGCACUUCUUCACCGUGAUUGCGAUGGCGUUCGCCGCUUCAUACAUCGCGAGAAAUAGUCAAUAUGUGGUCACCGUGGCUGUCUUUACGUACGUGGUGCUCUGGAUACCUUCGCGGCUGCUCAGCAACCUGACCAUGGACUGGCGGUUAUUGUGGAUCACAGGACUCCUGCCGCACAUGCCCUGUUACUGGUUCUGGGAGGAAUUGGGCAAACUGGAAGCUUUUGGCCAGGGCGUGACAUUAAGUACUAUGAUGAGCUCACACAGCAUCCACAGCGCCCCUGUAUUUGUUGGUUUCCUCUUGAUGAUCCUCCAAUGCUUUAUAUUCUUUGCGUUGGCCUGGUACUUAAAUCAUGUGUUGCCCGGAAAAUAUGGACACGCGAAACCAUGGAAUUUCAUAUUCAAGCACUGCGGCAAAAAAGUGGAUCCCACCAUAAUUUACGACGACGAGAUGGUUAAUUUGAAGCAGUUUGAAAGCGAGUACUUCGAGAACUCUCCGAUGGGCAUUAAGCCCGGUAUAAAGAUUGAUAACGUCUCCAAGAAUUUCCAGAAAACCCAAGCCCUAAAAGAUGUAUCGUUCAACGCGUACGAAGGCGAGAUUACAGUUCUGCUGGGGCAAAACGGAGCUGGGAAGACCACGCUCAUGUCCAUAAUAACUGGGAUGAUGAGCGCGUCGAGUGGCAAAGUGUACGUGAACGGUAACGACACCACCGUCAACCACGACGAAGUGCGACGAGACAUCGGCCUCUGUCCGCAGCACAACCUGUUCUUCACGGACCUCACUGUGCUGAAACACGUGGUCUUCUUCUUCAAGUUGAAAGGCUAUCGUUCUCACAAGGCCUACUCUGACGCCGAAGAGCUCCUGAAAAACUUAGGUCUGGAGGAGAAGCUGCACAGUGGAGUGACGGAGCUGUCGGGGGGCAUGAAGCGGCGCGUGCAGCUGGCGUGCGCGCUGGCCGGCGGCUCCAGCGUGCUCGUGCUGGACGAGCCCACCUCCGGCCUCGACGUCGAGACCCGCCGCGCGCUCUGGGACCAGCUGCUCUCGCUGCGCGGCUCGCGGACAGUGCUGCUGACGACGCACUUCCUGGAGGAGGCGGACGCGCUGGCCGACCGCGUGGCGCUGCUCACUUCCGGACACCUCUGCGCAUACGCCACGCCCAUGUUCCUCAAGAAAGCUAUAGGAUCCGGUUACCGUCUGUCUCUCACAUUCACCGGUGAUAACAAGCGUGCGGACGUCGAGAACAUAAUAACGUCCCACGUGAAGGACGCAGCAUUCAAACAGGAGUCCUUCAACACGAUUAUAUACGACCUGCCGUCCAAGGACAGCGACAAGUUCGCGGCCAUGUUCAACGCGCUAGAAGGCAAGCGCGAGGAGCUCAACAUCAAAAACAUAGGCGUCGGGGUCACCAACCUCGAAGAGGUUUUCUUGAAACUAUCUGCAAUUGAGAAGACGCCUGCCGAAGAUGAAACCGACGGUAAUGCCAUAACGCCCAUAAAAAUCGACGGCUUCCGUUUAUGGGCUCGCCAGUUUAGUACUCUCUUCAAACGACAAGUGAAGUACAUUAUAUCGAAGAAGUACUCGUUUUUGCUUCUGCAAAUAAUCCUGCCGAUCCUCUUGAUCUGCAUAUUCACGAGGACAUACAAUGACGAAGUAGACCAAUCCAGCAGCAACAUGGCUAGGCUGAUGAACUUGGAACUGUAUAACAAGAUGGUGGACAAACGGGCGCUGUACAACGUGGAUAUGAGGGGACAGCGCGCGCGGACGGACGUCAAGCUGUGCUGUGGCACUACUGUGGAACAAAGUACAGAUAUAAUUGGUGAUAUCAUCCGUAUUGGCAAAGAAGACAAGUUGGAGUACAACAAGUAUUUGAUCGGAAUAGAAAUCAACGAUACAGAUGCAAAGAUAUUGUACACGACGACGGUACGCCACGCGGUGCCUGUUGCCAUGAACGCGUUCUCGAAUGUGCUGGCAAUGGAGCUGCUCAGGACGAACGAGCCGAUCAUUUCCACUUACAAUCACCCUAUAGAGGAUGAAGACUACCACCAUCGAAUAAUUCUGCAACACCCGAAGAGCCAAGUCAUGACUAUGGCGUGGGCUCUCACCGUUCUCUUCAUUAUCCAGGCGUCGUGCAUCAACUUCGUGUCGCUGCCGAGCGCGGAACGGAUAUCUGGGGCCCGGCACAUCCACGUGAUGUCGGGCUGCCCGCCGCCGCUGUACUGGCUGACGUCGCUGGCCGCGCACAUGUCCGUCACGCUGUUCGGGCUCGUGCUGCCCGCGCUCGCCGCCGCCGCCGCCCUCGACACCGACCACACGCUUCACCAGCCCUCCCUGCUCUGGGCGUUUGCAGUCAUUCUGUUCCUUGGAAGCCUCUCUUUCUUCGCAAUUAUGUACCUCAUCAGUUUCAAUUUCAAUGAGAAAAUCGCCAGUGUUCUACUCAUUGGUCUACUCAUAUUAUUCGGAUGCAUGACGCCGAGCAUAAAGAAUGCGUCGGAGAUGUUGUCGGUGAGUCAGGCGCGCGACGCGUGGUACUACGCGGCGCGGCUGGCCGGCGCGCUGCUGCCGCCGCACGCCGCCACCGAGGGGGCGCUGCGGGCGGCGCAGGUGGCGCGGCUCAACGCCUACUGCCACCUCAACCGCCACCGCUGCCCGCGCCUCCUCGUGCCCGACAACGGCUUCGACGCGCAACGCUGCUGCGAAAAAAAUCAGAACCCGAGAUGUUACUUCUGCAUCGACGACUUCUCCCCGGGCGCGGCAAUGAUUACGCUUUUUCUACAAUUCAUCGUGUACAUGUCUCUAGUGCUCGCCAUGGAGUAUGGACUCUUCAACAUAUUGAAAGACAGGCUAUUCAACUGGCGGACCUAUUUCACGACCUAUACGGGAGACGAGGCCGAACUAGAUCCGAAAGUCAGAGCAGAGGAGGUGACUGCCUCCAACCUCAUAAAUAAUCAACAUUCGGAUAAAGCAAUAGUCGUGUACAGCAUCCACAAGAGAUAUCCCAAGACCAUUGGACGAUCCUGUCACGCGGUCAAGGGCAUCAGCUUCGUUGUCGAGAAAGGUAAGUGCUUCGGGUUGCUGGGUGUGAACGGUGCUGGCAAGUCGACGACCUUCAAGAUGUUGUCGGCCGAAGAGUGCGUAUCUCACGGCCAAGUACGAAUCGGUCACACCCCGCUCUCACGGUGGUCUACUCAGCCGUCGCAACAACUGAGUUACUGCCCACAAUUCUUUGGACUGGACGAGUUCCUCACCGGUAGGGAGAACUUGGAGCUGCUACUCAUUCUCCGUGGAUUCAACGACGACGAUAUAGAGCGAGAGGUCCAACACUGGAUUGAUAUUGUCGGGCUGUCGAAGUACGCGGACGUGGCGGUGUCGAUGUACAGCGGCGGGUGCGUACGACGUCUAGGCGCAGCGGCAACGUUGGCAGGCGGCGCACCGCUGGCGCUGCUGGACGAGCCCAGCGCCGGCGUGGACCCCGCCGCGCGCCGCCGCCUGCACCGCGCCCUGCGCCGCGCCCUCGCGCGCCGCCGCGCCCUGCUCGUCACCUCGCACAGCAUGGACGAGAUGGAAGCGCUGUGCGACCGCAUCGGCAUCAUGUCGGAAGGGACGCUGAAGGCACUGGACACGCCGACCGGGCUGCGGGCCUCGCACGCCACCGGACACACGCUCGUGCUGAAGCUACGCCCCGACGCCGCUGCCGCCGCCACCACCGCCACCAUCAGCGACGCAGAUGGUGAGGACUCCUCGCUACUGAAUAAACACAGUGACGAAACGGAUGGACGCGAAGUGAACAAUUUGAAAGAAAAAUUAGGAGCAUUAUUCAGCGAUAAUGUACCGACAGACGAGCAUAAGACGAUGCUCCGGUACCGUAUAACCGAAACGAGGAACUACAGCGAACUGUUCGAUCAACUAGAACAAUUGAAAAGUAGCUGCCCGAUCAUCGAGGAUUACUCCAUCACGGAAACGACGCUGGAGGAAGUAUUUCUAUCUUUUGCUAAAAACAAUAAAAGUAAUAAAAGCGAUAAUCCUGUAUAAGUGCGUAAACUAUGGCAGUGGUACUGCCACUACAAAAAUAUACGGCUUUCCUUCAGCACUCAUUGUAAACGAGUGCGGCUACGUGUCGCCGCCUGCGAGCCGAUGGCUAUUUAGAUAUAAACGCCAUCUAUCGUCUAAUAGAUUCACUAUUGUCCUUGCUGCUUUACUAUAUUUACAGCUAACAUGUGCACGACAUUUUUCUAUAUUCACCUUUAUAACUGUACUGCAAAAACACAUCACAAAGAAAGAAAGUAAAAUAAAUGCGUUCGAAAUACCGCGAAGAGAUCGCAGGGUGAGGCCAACAAGCAGACAUAACGCAGUAGCGCGUGAACGAAUUUGUUCGAAGGAAAGGGUCUGGUGUAGGGAUGACAAUUAGCAGGUCAAGUUGGUUCGGACGUGUCAGGAGUAUAUUGAUGAUGAUAGAUGGUGACAAAACCAGGGUUGCCAGAUGCAAUUUAUGAUUUUUACCCAACUGUCCAAUGUUUUUUCUCCAAACCCAUAUAAUUUUCAUCUCUUUUACUAAAUCACAUACUUGUUUCAUUUAUCACUUUGUUUUAUCCUAUCCACACUGCGAAUGACGAAAUUAAAAAACGCUCUGUCAUAUCUAUAUCAGAUUCGUUAAAUUUCAGCUGAACAUAGACACGUAAUUUUCCUUUUUGAAUGGGUGAUGAUAAUGAAAUGGUAACCCCGCUUGCGCUAUCGGUAUACGCUGGCUGGGCACCAGUGAGGGAUGAUGAGGUGACAAUGAAAGCAUGUCAAUUAGCCCAUCGUGACGAAUUCCAUUAGAAUUAACCACGACGGUUUCUGGGGGGGAGCUACGUGGAGGUUGAUCUGAUAGGGUGUAUUGCUAGCAAUAAGGCAGUUACAUCCCAUUGCUAACAAUCCUUUUUUUUCCCGGCCACUCGCAUUAGGGGUAAGGAGUUGCCAUUAGUCGUCACGCUUUACUUUACAGGCAGUUUGGCAACCGUAGCUAAACUUUGUUGAUGUUUUAUUACGGGCACUGCUGCCCAUCCAUCGACCAUUUACCUUAGUCGCUUCUUACGACAUGGUAAAGGAGGGGAGAAUUUUAUUCAUAUAUUUUAUUGUGUUUACAUACCACUAUAAUGUUUACAAGUACCAAAACUGUGAAAUAUAAUUGUCCAAAUUUCACUAAACCAAUUCACUGUACUCCAAAGAUUUCUCCAACAAUUUUAUUGGUCCAAAUUUUUGCGAACACAAUUUUUUACCCAAAAUUGCAAAAUGAAAAUACCCAAUCUGGCAACACUGGACGAAACAUAUUUUUUAUGCGAAAGUGGAUGAAUGUAGACCAACUAGUUAAGUACAGACUGAUGGAAAACCACUGAGCCACCAGAAUCGGUGUGUCUGGAGAACUACCCAUACCCGCGGACCCAAUAGAGCUACUGCUCCAAAAAGAACUGAGGGCCAACUAUGAAAUAUUAUGUAAGAAGCAUUUAAUGUAUUCAUACUACAGUCUAGUCCUGCUCUGAUCAAUUUUAUUUUUUUUUUAUUAUGUAUUAAUACCGACUGAGGAUAGGGGGGUGGGGUGGGGGGCACUAUAGUGUGGAUCCGGUCUUAUUUAGAGUAUUUUAAUUAUUAUAAUCUUUCUGUUGAGAAAGCAAUCCACACAUUUCUGUGUUCACACAUAAUAUGACAACUUUAUUAGUCUAUGUUUGAUGCAUAUAGAGUGAUGCUCUCUGGUAAAUGUAAAAAAAGAAAUAUGUCGCCUCUAAUACAUUUUGUAACUUAGAAAUAUUAAUAAAUGUAUAAAUAUGAAUAGUAUUUUUAAAUAUAACAAUAAAUACCUCAAAAUAAUAAUAAUUUAGGUAUAAUAAAUAUAAAAAUAAUGAAUUAACCAUGAUAGUUUCCACGGGGAACCGCGAGGAGGUCGACCUGGUUGGGUAUAAUGCUAGCAAUGGGAUUCUCAGUCUCCAUUACUAACAAUCCCUUCCCCCCCCCCCCCCGUUUAGUUUAGGUUAGGUACAUUUUACUGUUAUUUUAGUCAAAAAUAUUAUUGAUUAUACAACAUAUAUUAUAGGAGAGUGAAUCUCUGUCUGUUCGCCUUCGACAAAGAACUAUUUUGUAAUUAACUAUACGCAAUCUCAGGUUACAUUCGCGUACCGCAUUAAAUUUACUUUCUUUCAUUCUGAUGUGUAUUGUACAACACUUGGGGCUCGUGUGCGCGGGACGUCCCCGGUGUUACAGGCGUGUCUAUAGUCUACGGUAACCCCGUUUACCAUCAGACAGGCCGUAUGCUUGUUUUCAACCGUAGUAGUAUAAAAAAAAUUGCAUACGGCGUGUUUCCAUCAAACAAAACUCAGUCAGUAACUAGAAUGAAUUGUGAAUUGUUUUGAAUUAAUACAAAUACAAUUUACUUUUUCAUCCACUAUGGCGUUGUAAAUGCGCGUUCUUGAAAUAAGAGUUAUCUGAGUAAUUAAUUGAAUAUAUUCGAAUCAAUUGUUGCAGUUCUAUAUAUUAAAAGAGGGUCAUAAACUGUCAAAAAAUAUUUUAUACUUUAUCUUUGUAAUUUAGAAAAUUACUAUAUUAUUAGGGAGACUUUGUACAAAAGUGGUAUUGGGUAUGGGUUGGCAUUUAGCCUUAAGAGCUUUAGCUUACCAAAUGUGGCAACACCACAUAUAUUUAUCAAUUUUAAAAAACAAUUCAACAUUUUUCAUUGAAAUCUAAAAAAAUCUCUGCAAGCUAAGUAAAACUUAAACCUUGUACAUCGCACUGCAACUGAAAUUAAAAAAACUAGAAAAGUAUUUAAAAAAUUUCGAAUAUGAAAUAGUUGCCGUUUUUAAUAGAAGACCUGUAUGUGAUUUAUAUUUUAGUUCUAUAUAAGGGGUAUAAUAAUCCUGUAAUAUCAAUCUUUUGGACUAUAAUUAUAUAUUUUGGACUAUAUGUUCUCCAUAAAUUCAUAGUUUGUAAUAACUACAUAUUUAGUUUAUCCCAAAAGUCUGAAAAAUCUCAAAAAUAAUAAAUUUUAUGAGCGGUUUAGAUAUUUUUUUUUAAUUAUAUUAAUUUUCUUAAACAUCUUGUGUCAAAAUAUGUGUUAAAAAAUCAGAGUAACACUUUAAAAAUAAUAAAAUGUUAAAAUUGUUAUUAUACCAAAUUUAGUAAUAAAUUAUUCUUGUAGUUUGUAUAAAUAAUACAUUCAUUUAUAUUUUAAUUGAUUUUAUAUUUAUUUAUUACCAUGAUACUUGAAUAAAAAGUAAUGAAAUUGUAAGAACACGUGGUCACGCUGACUUGUUCACUCGAAUUCGGCCCUGUAGAUAUAAAAGAUUGUUAUUUGGGUGGGGAGACACUUCUGGUCCAACUGUUGAACAGAGCGGACUUCCCUGACGUAUCAAGAGUGAACAAGUAUAGUAAAAUAAAUCACAAUUAUUGUUGAAGUUCGAAAAAGGAAUGUUGCGUUGGUUUGGCCAUUUGGAGAGGAUGGAUGAAAAAAGAAUUACGAAAGAGAUUUAUCGAGCAAGAAUAUAGAGAUGUCGGUAGGGGCCGCCCUAGACGGACGUAUGUCGACCAAAUAUGUAUGGCGACGUGCUGAAGAAGGGCCAAAUUAAAAGUACCCGUAACCGGCGAGCGUGUAUUAAGAAAUUGAUGAAUGUGGAAAAAGCGAUAGAGGUUUGUUUGAAUCGAAGCAUUUGGCGUUCCAUUGUUUCUGCCUACCCUAAGGAAGACAGGCGUGACAGAUAUGUAUGUAAGUAUGGAAAUUCUAAAGAAACUAUAGUUAAAUAAGUGGCAAUGGAUUAACAUAUGUUAUUUCUUUUAUAUUAGUUGUUAUAUAUACUAAGUAAAAUAACUAAAUAUGAUUUAAUUUUGAAAAUAAUGUAAAAGUAAGUUGUAAUCGCAAUGACUGUAAAAUAUGGCAACCUGAAAAUAUGGCAACCUGAAAAUAUGGUAACCUGAAAAUAAAAGAUUUAUUAAUAAUAGUAUGAUACCUAAAAUGAACUCGUCAUAGUCGUAGAAUACUGACGGAUCUGACAUAUAUUACAUAUAUAGAUACGUCAGUAUUCUACGACUAUGACGAAAUGUGAGUACUUAUGCUUAGUUAGCUCUUUAAUACUGAGAGGCUUAAGAAAUAUAUCAAAUACAUGUAGGAUUAGGAUUACGUAAUUAAAUUAACACUACAUAACAAAUAUUUUGCUUUUAAGGGCAUUAUUUAAAACUACUUACCGUACUAGUCUUUUUGAACUUUUCAUUUCAUCAGCUUAUAAUUUAAGAGUUAGUCUUGAGAGGGCUAAAAUAGCAACAUUCUUUGUACGGAUAGUGGUUUUUCAGUUGCAAUGUCUAAAGUAUUUUUAAGCUUUAACCCAAAACAAUUAUAGGUAAACCUGAUUUUAUACUGUGACGUGCCACGGUAAAUAAAAACACCCAGGCAGUGGCGUAACAACUGUCUGGGGCCCGUGGCAAAUUCAUCAGAAUCGGACGGUCCCAUUAUAUAAAUAAA